AACACCUUCUUCAAUUAACCAAAGAUAAAAAAGAACAAAGAAGAAGAAAACAAGAAUAUCUAUUUUCAAUGUGGUAAUUCUCAUUGCCAAGUAUUUGCAAAGAUAUUAUGGAGGCUAGAAGAUCAAUAGAAGAUGCAUGCAAAAGAAGAUUACAAAAAAUAAAAGUGAAGGAUGUUGGAGGUAUAAAGCCCCUCCAAAACCCUUUUCAAGAGAAGAACACAAAUUGCAAGUUUCAUCCUCUAAAGCUUGUGCUAUUUAUCAUUGUGAUUGGUACUUUCUACAUGAUUCUAUCUUCCCCUUCUGUUUGUCAACAUAAUAAUGCUGACACUGUUUCAAGGCAACAUUUUGUUAACAGGUGGAUAUGGGGUGCUUCUGAUCCUAGAUACAUAUCAGAUAUAGACAUCACCUGGGAAGAAGUAUCACAAGUUUUGGAACAAUUGCCUGAUCAAAACAAAGUUGUUGAGAACAUUGGCCUUCUUAAUUUCAACAAAGAUGAAAUCAGUGAAUGGACACAAGUUGUUCCUAAUGUUAAUCAAACAGUACUUCACCUUGACUACGCCGAAAAAAAUGUGACUUGGGACACCUUGUAUCCUGAAUGGAUUGAUGAAGAACAAGAAAAUGAAGUUCCAAGUUGUCCUACUUUGCCAAAACUUGAAGUUCCUAGGACACGAUUCGAUCUUAUAGCUGUCAAGUUACCAUGUAGGAAUGAAGGGAAUUGGUCUAGAGAUGUUGCGCGAUUGCACUUACAACUUGCUGCUGCUGGUUUAGCUUCAUCUGCUAAGGGUAUACAUCCUGUGCAUUUGCUUUUCAUAACCAAAUGUUUCCCUAUACCGAAUCUUUAUAGGUGCAACGAGCUCGUUGCUAGGAAAGGUAACGCUUGGUUGUACAAGCCGGACUUGAGUGUACUAAGAGAAAAAGUUCAACUUCCUGUUGGAUCAUGUGAACUUGCACUACCCUUUGGUACAACAGAGGAAGUACAUUCGGGGAACAAAAGACGCGAGGCAUAUGCAACAAUCUUGCAUUCAGCUCAUGUAUAUGUAUGUGGAGCUAUAGCAGCAGCACAAAGUAUUAGAAUGUCAGGGUCCACGAGAGACCUCGUGAUUCUUGUUGAUGAAUCAAUUGGUGAGUAUCAUCGUAGUGGACUCGAGGCAGCAGGGUGGCAAGUUAGGACUAUACAGAGAAUAAGAAAUCCUAAAGCAGAGAAAGAUGCAUACAAUGAGUGGAACUAUAGCAAAUUUAGACUAUGGCAGUUGACAGAUUAUGAUAAAAUCAUUUUCAUUGAUGCUGAUUUGCUUAUACUUAGGAACAUCGACAUCUUAUUUAGGAUGCCACAGAUUUCAGCCACGGGGAACAAUGGCACGUUGUUUAACUCCGGUGUAAUGGUGAUCGAGCCAUCAAAUUGCACGUUCCAGCUCUUGAUGGAUCAUAUAAAUGAGAUUGAGUCUUAUAAUGGAGGUGAUCAAGGUUACCUAAACGAAAUAUUCACGUGGUGGCAUCGUAUACCAAAGCAUAUGAACUUCUUAAAGAACUUUUGGAUUGGUGAUGAUGAAGUAGUGAAAGCUAAGAAAACACAUCUUUUCGGGGCUGAUCCUCCUAUUCUUUAUGUCCUUCACUACUUAGGAUACAAACCAUGGUUGUGUUUCCGCGACUAUGAUUGUAAUUGGAACGUAGACAUAUUACAAGAAUUCGCGAGUGAUGUUGCACAUCACAAGUGGUGGAAAGUGCACGAUGCAAUGCCCGAGCAGCUACAAGACUUUUGCUUGUUACGAUCAAAGCAAAAGGCGCAAUUGGAAUGGGAUAGAAGGGAAGCAGAGAAGGCAAAGUAUGUUGAUGGACAUUGGAAAAUCAAGAUCAACGAUCGACGACUUAAGAGAUGCACAGACAGGUUAUGCAAUUGGAAAGGUAUGUUGAAGCAUUGGGGUGAAAAGAAUUGGACAGAUGAUCCAUUUUUUCACCCUUCACCACCAACCAUAAAGACUAAGAAAAUCAAGAAAAGAUCAUCCAUUUCUGUUAUAUAAACAAG